AAAAGUUCCAAGGUAAAGUUCAAGAUAAGGAGAGAGAAAAAAACAGAGGGUAGAGAGAGAGAUGGCAAUUCAAUUGAACCAAGUUCACCACAUAUCCACUCCAAAGCAUGGAAAACAACCCAAUCCACCCCUCUCCGGCACUCAACGUUUACAGGUGAAGGCUGCAGUGUCCGGCCAGCAGCUAAUACGGAGCGGCACAGUCCGGCCGAUACCGGCCAAGGAGGCAGCCUCCGCCAUGAAAUCCGAAGGCUACAUCCUCCUGGACGUCCGGCCGGAGUGGGAGAGAGAAAGAGCCAGAGUUUCAGAUUCUUUGCACGUGCCUCUCUUCGUCCAGGACAUGGACAAUGGCCCCAUAACCCUCCUGAAGAAGUGGGUGCACUUUGGGUACAUUGGGCUUUGGACUGGCCAAUAUUUCACCAUGAUCAAUCCUCAAUUUGUUCAGCAACUGGAGAUGGAGGUUCCUCAAAAGGACACUAAGCUGCUCAUAGCUUGUGGAGAAGGACUAAGGUCUAUGAUGGCUGUUUCAAAGCUACACGAAGAAGGAUACAGAAACUUGGGGUGGUUGGCCGGAGGAUUCAAUCGUGCUGCCGACGAUGAUUUCCCGGCGGUUGAAGGGACAGGGAAGCUGCAGUAUGCCACAAUAGGGGGUGUGUCAUACUACUUCCUUCAAUUGCUUCUACUACUACAAGCAGUAGGAAAGAAUGGAGGAAAUUCAUGAUUAAUUGCUCGUCCAUCGCACGGAUUCUUAAUAUCGUGGAGUCUCGAAAAAGUCAAAUGUAUGAGGUCUCACUCAUGUUGAAAACUUUUUUUUUCAUUUUAAAUUCUUGACUAGAAUGUGGCAUGAGAGCAAUCUUGUCGUUAUGCCAAACCCGGCCCUAAUUGUUGUCAAUUAUUGUUCUAUAUUAAAUUAAAUUGUUGGUUUAUCUGAAUUUAGUGAAUUUAAAAUUUAUAUUA